AUGAUCAUCAGUCUCAGGGGCAAUAUGCAGAUACGACGAUACAUCAAUCCGUACACUUCACGAGCCAACAAUGGCUGUGUCUCAGUAUGCUCGCUGAGUAUUCAAACAAUCAAUUCAUUCAAGCCCCCACAAUGGCCGCGUGCAUUAGAGGGUUUGAUGCAGAUGACGCGGCUCAACUCUUGGACGGCUCCACUCUGGAUAUUCUUGGUCAACCACUACAACAGAAGUCCGUCCUCCCCAGAGCGAUACUAA